CGAUAAAACGGACUGGAAUGUCUUAACACAACUGAAACAGUAACUAGUGGUCCCUCAAUCUACAAUCACCCAUUAACGAUGCUCCGAUUUUUGCGCAUUCCUCAGGCAGAUCCGAACCCCAUUCCGCUGGCUGGAUCACCAUGGCCUAUUCUACUGAUUUUGGCAGCCUAUUUGCUUUUUGUCUUUAAAUUGGGCAAGAUCUUUAUGAAGAAUCGGAAACCUUAUGAUUUGAAAAUAGUUUUGAAGGUCUACAACAUAUUUCAGGUGCUUUACAAUGGCAUCUACUUUGGAACGGUCUUCUACUACUUAUUCAUAGCGCGUAUCUGCAAUUUGCAGUGCAUGGAGAGUUUUCCCCAGGAUCACGAACGCAAACAGAUAGAAAGGGUAUUGCAUACCGCAUAUCUGGUCAACAAAGUGCUCGAUCUUCUGGACACUGUGUUUUUUAUCCUGCGAAAGAGCUUUAAACAGGUCACCUUCCUGCAUAUCUACCACCAUGUGUUCAUGUCCUUUGGAAGCUACGCUUUGACCCGAUAUUAUGGCACUGGCGGGCACUUAAAUUCCGUUGGAUUACUAAACUCCCUGGUCCACACGGUGAUGUAUUUCUACUACUAUUUGUCCUCAGAAUACCCCCAAGUGAGGUCCAAUAUUUGGUGGAAGAAAUACAUAACAUUAACCCAGCUCUCCCAGUUCCUGCUGCUCUUCUCCUACUCCACAUACGUGCGAUUCUUCUCACCAAAUUGUGGAGUUCCUCAUGGUAUUCUCCAUUUAAACAUGCUGCAAGGUGUUGUCUUCUUUUAUCUGUUUGGAAAGUUCUAUAUACAGGCCUAUCUGCGACCACCAAAGUCAAAACAAUCGUAGCUAAAUCUAAAGUUUACUUUUGUACCCCUUAAAUAUAUAUGCGCAUACGAUUAGUCCGCGUAACUCAACACUCGCUGUUCGCCCUAAAAAGAAGUCUUAGGUAUAUGUUAACUAAAUUUGAUAAUAAAAUGAUAUUGUCUGAAA